CGAGAAUGUGAGCAAGUGUAUAAAAGGAAGCGUUCAAGCGUUGGGGAUGCAUCAGUCUGUGUUCGCCGUGCCUUCACUGUUGGUGAUGAUAGCGCCAAAUAAAAUGAAGAUCGCCAUUUUAUCGAUCGUCGUUUGUUCGAUUUUGGCGGUGGACGCCGUCCCUGAUAAUAACGUUUACGGAUCCAACCAAGUUCAAUUUUCGCAUCCGCAACCAAUCAAUUACCAUUACCCGCAGCCACAGCCUCAGCCUCAUUACGGGUCUCAGCCAAACUAUCACGGCCAGGCAGGAUUUCAUCCAGCUCCGCAACCUCAACAGCACCACGGCGCUAAUCAAUUUUCUGAGCAAUAUUUAGUGACGGCCAUCAAAACUGAUCCCGCUCCUCCUCCGGUCCAGUAUCAGCAGCCGAGCUUCAAACCGGAGAGUCCGUUUAACGGCCAAUCCUACAUUAUUGAGCCGUCUUACCUUCUGAAGCCAUUCCGGCCGGAAACUAGCUAUCACGCUCAGCCCUACCGUCCACAUAACCCGCCAGCACCUUAUCCACCUACUUACCAGGCACCUUCCUAUCCAUCCUAUCAAAUUCCGUCCUAUCCCGCACCCGUCUACAAUCAAGCGCCAGCUUAUCAGCAACAACCCUAUCCAGCCCCGGUGUACCAAACCCAGCAGACGCAAUCUUCUGUCUUCUUAGUGUACUCAACUCCGUUGUUGGCCGGGUAUUCCACCAGCACCGUCACCACUAUUGAGCCGACCAAGACGGUAGAAUUAUCAGCCGUUUCGCCCAGUCAAAUUCAACCUGUAGUUGAAACGGUGGUACCUGGACCCGCUGUCAAAUGGUCGGACAUUCUAUCGGCGGACGCCAACGAACUAGGUCAAAAGUACGCGGACAAAGGUAAAGCCGAUAAAGAAGUUGCUAAAGAAUCGGAAGAAGACGACGACGACGAAGAGAAACCGUCAACUACCAAAGAAAGUGAUUCCAGCAGCCAGCCGGAGAAGAAGCAGCAGCAAGACAACGAAGGCAGUCAAGAACAGAGCAGCAGUUCGGAAAAUGCCAAUUCCCAGAUUUCCUAUCCGAUUCCGGCUAAUCUUGCUUCGAAAGCCGUUUGGAAAAUUCCCAAGACGGUGGCCGACUACGUCCAGUCUGGCGCAGUGCCAGACGGCAGCGUCGAUUCCGUCCAGCAAGAAGUCGGCGACAAAAAGAGUCCGUCCAGGGACUCUGAAAACGAAGAAAGUAGUAGCAAGUCCAGUUUGACAGAUUACGACCAAGUUGGAACGGAGAAUAAAGAAAGUAGCGAGACGACCACCGCUGACCAGGUCACCCAAGUUUCACUCCAAGGAGAGCCGGCCAAAUACGAAGGACGGACCCAGCAGCACCAAGUCGAACAAUUCACCAGCAGCGAAACACCUGGAGACAAUCACAAGGAACCAGGUGUUGUCGAACUGGUUACUCCUCUUCAACAGGAGAAACCGAAAUCUGGAUCAUCUGUUUACUACGAACAAGGUCCUACAAUUGCUGGACAGGAAGUCGUCGAAUCGAAACCCCAGCAAGAGGAAAGCAACUUGGAAUCCUCGACUCUCUACAAGGAACCGGUAGCCGAAAUUAUUAGUCAGCCGAAUUAUUCCGUUGCGGAUAAUUCGGAGGAAGAAGAAACCGGAACGGAAAAGUCGCCAGUCGUCUACCAGCAGGUCGACGAACUUCAGAAAGUCAAUUACGAAGCUGCCAGUUAUUAUCAAUCGCCUAAAUCUGAAAGCCCGUCUGUUGCGGCCAUUGCUGAAAAUCCGGAAGUCCCAAUCCAGGUCAGCCCGGAAGAGGUGUCACAACUCAUUUACCAAUUAGCUUCGCUUCCGGGAUUCAAACCAUCAGCUGAAAGCGAAGAAACCACCGAUGCGGCAGUUGAGGUGUCGAGUGAAAGGCCGACGGAUCCAGCGACCUAUCAAUCUCCUGAGCCAGCACUUGCAUCGUUACCGGAUGAAAGCCAAGAGAUUCCUGAUGCUGCGACACCAUCGACCGAUAGACCGGCCUAUCAAACGACUUACAAACCCGUGAUCCCGAGAAUAUACCGGCCUAAAGUUGAUUCGGGAGAAGUUGAGCCACCCGAGUCGGAUUUCGGCGAAAAGAUCAAAACUUUCACUAAAUUCGCCCUUGCAGUUCAGAAGGCCACCCAUCAAGGCAUUUACCAGCAGCAAUCUGAACCUGUACGAACUGCGGAGUCAAUUAGUUUCACGCCCUCGGCCCCGUACGCCAGCGGAGAAGAAGUAACCCAGGAUAACAAAUCCGAAAGUGUAAGUACUCGAGAAAAAACCAGUUCGGAAAAUGAUUAUGCGCCCGGCAAUGUAAACGACGAGCUGCUCAAAGUCCAGCAACCGGUCAGCGAGCCAACGUAUCCAGCCGAGGGACCUACAUACGAGGCCAGUUUGUUCUACAGAAAGCCCGUAGCCCCGGAAAAUGAGGCUGCUGGACCUACUACUCCGCCCACGGCCAUCCAAUCUGAACUAGAGUUUUCAACUGAGGGGCCCUACAAGUUUAAGCCGCUUUUCUAUGCUCAAGCGGCUGACAAAUUCACGCCACCUCCACCUACUGCGGAAACCAAUUACGAAGAGCCCAAGUUGGUCCAAAAUGUUGCUGAAACGACGGGCUCUUAUAACGGACGCAUUGUGGCUGAGAAAAUGUCACCCGAUGAGCCUGUGCAAGUCAUCAACGCAUUCCACCAAUUCGUGUACACAGGUCCGUCAUCGGUUCCGGCAGAUUCGACUUCGGCACCCAUCAUCGCCCAGUUGCCGGUUUUGGUUAGCGAUCCGAUGGAGAAGACGGACAAUUACGCCACUCAAAGAAUUUACACGGCAUCGGCUGAAAUCCCUGGCGAUUACGUCGCAUCCUCGACGCCAACUUACAGGGACCAGAAUUCAUACGUUACCAGUACGUACGCUUACAUAGAAGAAGCCGGACUUUCGGCCGAAUACCAAAAAGAAAUCGCUUCCGCCCAGAAGGAGGCCGACUAUGUUGCCCAAACUUCGGCGGAAGGGCCCUACGAUCAAACUGAAACUUCCAAUAUUUCCCAGGAAGAGGCCACCGACAUUCCGGCCGUAAACAAUCAAUAUCCCUCGUACGAGACGUCUAAAGUUAAAUCCACGGAAGAGACUUCGGCCGAGGUUUCCUACGUGACCGAUUCUUACCAGGAAACAACAAAAUCUCCAUCGUACGAAGCAUCAGUCGACACUAAUAAAGCUAAAUCCGCCGAAGUGAGUUCCGCGGAAGUCAUUUACGCUCCGGUUACCGAUUCGCCCUACUACCAAGAAAAGACUAAUGCCUUUUCAUAUGAAGCAGCAGUCAGCAGCAGCCCUAAAAUCAAAUCCGCAGAGGAAGUAUCUGCUGAGAUCGUUGACGCUCCGGCAACCGAAUCCGCUUACCCAGAUAAAACAAGCGAAGCUCCGGCAUAUGAUGUCGUUGCUCCCGCUAUUACAGCCGGUCCCGCAUAUGAUGUCGUCCCUCACGCUGCUGCAUCCGCCGAAGAUGUGUCGAAUGAGGAUCAACCGGUUACCGAUCAAUACGAAGCGACUGAAUAUCCAGCAGACGUUUCAUUGACAAAUUACCAAGCUCCGGCGAUCACAGAAGAGUUCAUUCCCGCUGUUGCCCCGCCCCGUGACAUUUACUUGAGCACGCCAGCAGAGCCCGAGUCGUCAACACUUGGCGGGAGUAGCUCGGAAUCGCAGGAAACUACUUCAAACCAGCCGGAAACGAAAUCCGCACAAAUUACAGAUUCUUCGUCUUACGGGACCCUUCUGCCAACUGAAAUUCCUCUGCCACCCUGUCAUCACUCGGACAAGAGCGACGGGAGCGGUCAUUUUCAGAAAUUUCUUUUCAAUCCCGCUGCUCUUGCUAAUGUUCCUCUCGACAGUGUUGAGACCAAUAACAGUGGCGAAGAUGAAUCGACCACCGAAGUUCCCGACGUGACCACUCCAGUCCCUACUUCUAACGAAUCGACUUCAGCCGAGACCUCGACGGUGGCCGCUGCCGACGGCUACAAGUACGUAUUCAAAUCACGACCAACUCCCAAUCGUUUUUACGAAUCGAGAUCGACCACUGCCAUCCCAUCGGCCAAUUCGACUACCGUCACACCGCCGACUUCCAAGCGGCCUUUCGUGAUUAUUGGCAAGCCAAUCGAAAUGAGAAAACCCGUCAACGGUCGAGUUUAUUCCAGGCCUUCGCCGUUGCCCCAGAGGAAGCCUCAAACACUGGCUCAGAUCAAGAUUUUGCCGACGCGAUUGCGCUCUUCGUCGUCCACCCUUCAGUUGCCCAAUCGUCGUUUUUUCAUCGGCAGAACGCUGAUGAAUAAUGACAAGAAUAAUAAUCAGGAGACGAGUAAAGAAGAUGAAGCCAAGAAAGACGCUUGAAUCAAAUUGAAGAAGCGUUUAAUAAGAAUAUUAGAGUUUUGAAUAUGUAGCUUCUUCGAUGCAGGGUGUCAGAAGCGUGCCAAGAGUCCUUCCUGUUUCCGUUAUGAAUUAAUAUUUUCUUUCUAUAUAGUUUUACAGGUGUUGAAUUUACUACUCUACCGUUCGUUCACACUGAUGAUUGUUUCAAAAUUGGCCAAAUCGUUGUUUCUAUACACAAAUCAGAUAAAUAAAUAGUAAUGAUACUAAAUGUU